UUCUCUACCAUUUCCUUUUUUGUUAAUAUUGUGCCUCUCGAUUGUCACCAUUAUUUUCUGUCAGUAGUAUAUUUUAUUUAUUAUGAUAAAGCUUUAAUAACUACCCAUUCUAUCACUGAGGUCUUUAUAUUGAAUCGCUAAUGUCGUUUUUAAUUACACAACACAUGCACAAAAUCGUUAAUAAAUUGUGUUAUAACAUAAUUACAACGUGCGUUACUCAACCAUUGAACCCAUGCAGAGAUAAUGUAGUGGACAGAUCACGUGGGAUAAGGCUGAAAAAGCUUGGAGACGUAGAUAUGGAUAAAUAGUUGAACGAACUGGUUUAACUUCGUUAGCUGUGGCUCUCUGUAGUUCUUUGUUUACAUCAGCACGGGGCGCAUUCAUGUAGGCUGGCCGGAACAGACAUCAGUGGGAGAUGGUAAAAAUAAGGUUCUAACGUGCGUCAAAACUACCGGCUGCUCAUUCACACUAACUUAUACGGCAACCAUGGGUGCUCUUUUUCGGAGUGAAGAGGUCUGUCUUGUUCAGCUCUUCCUCCAGUCAGGAUCAGCAUACAACUGUGUCAGCGAACUUGGAGAGCUGGGACUGGUUGAAUUUAGAGAUUUGAACCCAAAUGUAAACGCUUUUCAGCGGAAGUUUGUUAAUGAAGUAAGAAGAUGUGAGGAGAUGGAGAAAACGUUCUCAUUCCUGGAGCAGGAGAUUGGCCGCUCUCUGUAUCCACCCCUGACGGAGCCUCUGCCCACGCCGAGCCCAGUGCCCUCAGCCCCUCAGCCUAGAGAGCUGCUGGCCAUCGAGGAGGAGAGCGAGAGACUGGCCAGAGAGCUGAGAGAGGUGUCCAGGAACAGAGAUAGCUUGAGGAACCAGCUGACCCAGCUCAGUCAAUACAGAGGUGUUUUGAUCCAAACUCACUCAGUCACUGCUUCACAGGCCCCCCUGCCUCCUACAACUGUAGAGACGGCUUCCCUUUUGGAUAAUAGACAAGACAUGAGACUGAGUUUUGUGGCAGGAGUGGUCCACCCCUGGAAAGUCCCGUCUUUUGAACGGUUGCUCUGGCGGGCCUGCCGAGGUUACAGCAUUGUGGACUUCUGGGAGAUGGAUGAGAAGCUGGAGUUAUCUGACACUGGUGAGACGGAUCAGUGGACAGUAUUCCUCAUCUCAUACUGGGGGGACCAGAUUGGCCAGAAGGUCAAAAAGAUAUGCGACUGUUUUCACACACACACAUUUGCCUAUCCAGAAAGCACAGCCGAGAGAGAGGAGAUUCUGCAUGGACUUCAAGGCAGAAUACUGGAUAUCAGAACGGUCCUGGCCCAGACGGAGCAGUACCUGCAGCAGCUGCUGACCCGGGCGGUGGCGGAGCUGCCGCGGUGGCGCGUGCGUGUCCGGAAGUGCAAGGCGGUGCACACAGUGCUCAAUCUCUGCAGCCCAUCCGUCACCGACAAGUGCCUGAUCGCCGAGGCCUGGUGCCCUGUCAGGAAGCUGCUGCUACUGCAGAGCGCACUUAUCGAGGGCACGAGGAAGAGUGGCAGUGGAGUGGAUUCAUUCUACAAUCGACUGCCAGCCCCCACCUCUCCCCCUACUCUCUUCAACACCAACUCCUUCACUGCAGGAUUUCAGAGCUUAGUGGAUGCUUAUGGGAUAGCCAGCUAUAGGGAGGUCAACCCAGCCGUGUACACCAUCAUCACCUUCCCUUUCCUGUUUGCGGUGAUGUUUGGAGACGUUGGCCACGGCUUCCUCAUGACUAUGGCAGCCCUGUGGAUGGUGGUGGAGGAGAGGGACCCCAAACUGAGGAACAACUCUAAUGAGAUCUGGAAGAUGCUGUUCGGAGGACGCUAUCUGAUUCUGCUGAUGGGGCUCUUCUCCAUUUACACGGGGGCCAUCUACAACGAGUGCUUCAGCAAAGGCCUCAGCCCCUUCCCCUCUGGCUGGCACCUGCAGCCUAUGAUCCAGCACUACAACUGGAGUGAAGACACUCUACGGGAGAACCAGUACCUCAGCCUGGACCCAAACGUGACUGGAGUCUUCCAGGGACCUUAUCCAUUCGGCAUUGACCCGAUCUGGCGGUUAGCCAAUAACCACCUGACCUUCCUCAAUUCCUACAAGAUGAAGAUGUCUGUCAUCAUCGGGGUCAUCCACAUGACCUUUGGAGUGUGCCUGUCAUUCGUCAACUACAUCCACUUUGGGCAGCUGAGCAGUGUGUUCCUGGUGCUGCUGCCAGAGCUGGUGUUCAUGCUCAGCCUCUUCGGAUACCUGGUCUUCAUGGUCAUCUUCAAGUGGGUCGCCUUCGGGCCGCAGGACUCGGACCGGGCCCCCAGCAUCCUCAUCCACUUCAUAGACAUGUUUCUGUUCGCCCAGAACCCAGACAACCCGCCACUGUACCCCGGACAGGUGAUUGUGCAGCGGGUGCUGGUGGUGUUGGCUCUGAGCUCGGUGCCAGUGCUGUUAUUGGGCAAACCCCUCCACCUCUACCUCAAGCACAGAAGAACCCGCAGCAGCACAAAUCAGGCAGAGCAGGCUCCUGUGGGGACGGACACCAGCUCCAUCAACACCCUGCAGGGAGACCUGGAGGGCAACGGGGGCCUGGAGCCUAAGGAGUUUGAUGGGGCCGAGGUGUUCAUGCACCAGGCCAUCCACACCAUAGAGUACUGCCUGGGCUGCAUCUCCAACACGGCCUCCUACCUGCGCCUGUGGGCCCUGAGCCUGGCACACGCCCAGCUAUCAGAGGUACUAUGGGUGAUGGUGAUGCGGAUCUCGUUGUCGUGGCAAGGCUACGCGGGCUCUGUAGUGCUGGCUGUCAUCUUCUCCUUCUUCGCCAUGCUCACCGUCUCCAUUCUCCUUAUCAUGGAGGGCCUGUCUGCCUUCCUGCAUGCCCUGCGACUACACUGGGUGGAGUUUCAGAAUAAGUUCUACAGUGGGACAGGAUACAAACUCAACUCCUUCUCAUUCAACACGAGCCUGGCUUAACUGUACUGGAAUGAUGUACUAUCUAAUGUUACCAUUUUGUUUAAAGUCUAAAAGCCUGCUAUGGAAAAAGUGCUUUUAUAACUUCAUUUUGGAGUUUACUUUGUAAUGUAUAUAUCCUUUAUACUGGAAGGAGAAACAAUAUAUGCAGUACGAGUUAUUGGUUGGGACUGCUCAGGUAUAGGUUUUAAAACUUAUAACUUCAUACCAGUACAUAAUGGGACUGCACGUUGUACAUAAAUGACAAUUAUGAACAGUAUUAAAAUAUGUUUUGAUUUUCUGA